AUGGUGGCCGUUGCGGCGGUGGGGGCGGCUCUAUUAGGAGUACUUGUGACCUUGAUCAUCAGAAUUGCUUAUGAGACAUUGGAUUGCUACUGGCUUACACCAAGAAGAAUAAAGAAAAUCAUGGAGAGGCAAGGUGUUAGAGGCCCAAAGCCCAAGUUCCUAGUGGGGAAUAUCCCGGACAUGGCUGCUCUGGUUUCUCAGUCCACCUCCAAGGACAUGGACUCCAUCAGUCAUGACACUGUCGGUCGCCUCCUCCCCCAUUUCCUUACCUGGUCCAAGCUCUAUGGGAAGAGGUUCAUAUACUGGAACGGCAUCGAGCCACGGAUGUGCUUGACGGAGACGGAUAUGAUCAAGGAGCUUCUGUGUAAGUACAGCACCAAAGCCGGGAAGUCGUGGCUCCAGCAGCAGGGAUCGAAGCACUUCAUCGGCCGUGGUCUGCUAAUGGCCAACGGCGACGACUGGCACCACCAGCGGCACAUCGUCGCGCCGGCUUUCACGGGUGACAAGCUCAAGAGCUAUGCGGGGUACAUGGUGGAAUGCACUGAGCAGAUGCUCCAAUUACUUGAGGAAGAAGUUGAGUCGACGGGUCGGACCGAGUUCGAGAUUGGUGAGUACAUGACUCGGCUCACCGCCGACAUCAUCUCACGGACCGAAUUCGACACGAGCUCUGACAAGGGCAGGCAGAUUUUCCGCCAGCUCACCGUUCUCCAGCGCCUCUGCGCUCAGGCUAGCCGACACCUGUGCUUUCCCGGAAGCCGGUUCUUUCCCAGCAAAUACAACAGAGAGAUAAAGUCACUGAAGAUGGAGGUGGAGAGGCUGCUAAUGGAGAUAAUUCAGAGCCGGAAGGACUGCGUAGAAAUCGGCAGAGGCAGCUCUUACGGCAAUGACUUGCUCGGAAUGCUUUUAAACGAGAUGCAGAAGAAGAAGGGGAAUUGGUUCGGCUUGAACCUCCAGUUAAUCAUGGAUGAAUGCAAGACCUUCUUCUUCGCCGGCCAUGAAACCACAGCCCUCUUGCUCACCUGGACCAUUAUGCUUCUCGCCAGUAACCCUCAUUGGCAGGAGAAGGUCCGGGCAGAGGUCAACCACGUCUGCAAUGGCCAGUCACCGUCCGUCGACCAUUUGUCAAAACUCACCUUGCUAAACAUGGUGAUUAAUGAAUCGCUGAGGCUCUAUCCGCCUGCUUCUGUUCUCCCUCGAAUGGCAUUCGAAGACUUCAAGCUAGGGGACCUCCAUAUCCCAAAGGGGCUGGCAAUAUGGGUCCCAGUGCUCGCCAUCCACCACAGUGAAGAGCUGUGGGGCAAGGAUGCCAACGAGUUCAAACCGGACCGGUUCGCCUCCAAAUCCUUCACACCCGGCCGAUUUAUACCCUUUGCUGCCGGUCCAAGAAAUUGUGUCGGCCAGGCUUUUGCCUUGAUGGAAGCUAAGAUCAUAUUAGCCAUGCUAAUUACACGGUUUAGAUUCACAAUUUCAGAGAAAUAUCGCCAUGCCCCCGUCAUCUUACUAACCAUAAAGCCCAAGUAUGGAGUCCAAAUCCGGUUGAAGCCAUUGAAGGCAUGA